AAACCAUUUCGAGAGUUGGGUUUAAAACGGUUUUGGUCAGCUGUAAGGUCGUCAAACAGCAGCUCAAGCUCCCAACAAGGGGGCGAUUCUCCAUUAGAGGAGACCAAACCGGGACCUAAUUGCUCCUUGCCACUCUUGCAGGUUUGGCCUAGUUCGGACUCUCCCCGAGGCGAAGCUGAUGGUCAAAGUUUCGUAUUUCCACCGUGUGCAGAAGAUGAAACAUCGCAAAAUUCAACUUGUUUCGAAAGUAAUACGCACAACGAUUCUGGAAUUGAAUCCACACAGGUUUCUCCUUCGCCAAUUGCUUGCACAUCUACAUCCCCUGUACACUCACCGACUCCAAGUAUGCGGAGACCCAGUAGCGCCCUCCUUCAUCCAGACCAUGCAAGAUUUCUCAGAAUGUACCCCAUAUCAUCCCCAGAACACACCAGCAUGGAGGACGUGUCCGAAAUUCCAAAUAACCACAUGCAGGUGACUUCGGGUUCUUCCUCUACUACGUCAUCGUUGACUUCAGUGGCGGCUGCUAAUCAUUCCAGAGCAAGUGAUUCGAGUGAAGGUAGAAGAAGAUCGUCUACAAUGACGGCUAGAUUGUUCCCUAACGACCCCAAAUCAGACUCAAGUUCCGAAACAGAUAGCAGCGUCGAUUUAGACGACACCAUUAUUGAAAAUAUUUUAAAUCAAACCCCUGACAUUAAUCUUGCUAAUUUAAAUAUUUCCGAAACAAAUACCCCUAACCCAAACAUGGCUAACGUCCUUAAACCCGAAUACCUUAAAAUGAUCCCAGAAUUUUCCGGAGAAUCCGAACUUUUACCACGAUUUAUUGAAAUUUGUGAAAAAAUAGUCACAAAAUUCUAUAAUGUCCAAGACCCAACAGAUUUUCAAAAUGAAUAUUUAAUGUCUAGUAUUUUAGCAAAAGUAACAGGCGAUGCCGCCAUCAAAAUUUCAUCUUGUUUAAUUACCAAUUGGGCAGAACUAAAAACUGCUCUACAUAAUACAUAUAGCGAUAAAAGAGAUGUUUUUAGUUUAGGUAUCGAAAUGACCGAACUGAAACAAGGAUUUAGAGAAUCAGUUUUCGAUUUUUAUAAUAAUAUUCUUACUUUACUUAAUUUACAAAUUGCUUACUUAACUAUCCAUCUUGAAAAUGCAAACGAAACUGCAGUUUUAACAGCAUAUUUAAGAAAAUACGCUCUGCGUGUUCUUUUAAGAGGUCUUCGCGAACCUAUAGGUUCACUUAUGCGUACCAAAAACCCUGCAGAUUUAAAUACCGCACUUAAUAUGCUAACUAACGAUUUUCAGUUAGAAAUAAAUAAUCAAAAUAGUAAAAAUCAUAUUUCGCAACCUAAAUCGAAAUUUAACAACUAUAAAGGAAAUUUGCAAAUGCACAAACAGCACCAAAUUUUCCCAAAACCAUUACCCUUAACGAAUUAUCCCCAUAAUUAUCAACCAAAACCAAGAAAUAUGAACACCCAAUCAAAUAAUACUAGUAACAAUUUUAGUAAUAGAAAUAACUUUAAUAAUAACAACAAUUAUCAAAACCAACCGGGUCCAAGUUAUAGAAAUGACGUUUUUAAUCCAAAUCCCAACGUAAGAGUGCCCAAACCAACCCCUAUGAGUAUCUCUACACCUAAUACUAAUAUGUCACAGGGUAGGCAAAAUUUUACAACUAAUAAUUUUAAUAAUCAAAACAGAUCUUCGCCAAAUGUUCAAAUAGAGGAACUGUACUCUCUCUUCGACGCCCUGGACCUUGAAUACGCUCUCCUUCGAGCAGCAGCGCGGGGCAGCGUCGGUCCCUACUCCCUGAGCGAAAGCCUCCACAAGCUCACCUUCACGCAAAGCUUGGCUUUUCCAGCCUUGGCGCGCGGCCUGGCCGGCAAACGCAGAAGAUCGCAGACAAACAACACCAGCAGACCCAUCGACCCAUCGGAAAGCGGACUAAACAUUUUCGCGAAAGUCGUUACGGCCCUCGUUUUAGUGCUGGUGAGCGUUUUAGUGUUCGCGGUGGUCUACAAGUUUGUGAAAACGUGAGGGUUGCUUCUAGCUCCAGGCGGGGCUAGAAUAAACAGAUUUAUCGUCGGCAGGAAUUCUAGUAUGCAUAAAAAUCCCGGUGAUAUAACAUGAUGUGUUUCUGGGGGAUUUCUUGUAAUGGAAUUGAUUUCCAUUAGAUAGGGUAUAAUAAUUAAUAUAUUAAUUAUAAGGUAUUUUUAUACUUAAGUCAGCAAGUCAAAACGUUUUCA